AUGCGCGAAAUGAGUGACGCGAAAAGGAGAACAACUUUUGAGCAGUCUGACCUGCCUACGCCUCGAAAAAUUUACCAUUCCUCCAUUUCAAUUUCUUCCUUCGAAGGGAACAAGUCGGGAAUGCGACCAGGAGACAAACACAAAGCAAAGGCGUCUCGAGAAUACCAGAAAAAACAUGGCUUGAUUCCAGCGAAGCAGAGCAAAAAGCAGAAGGAAAAAGCUGCUAUCGCGAAGUUAGAGUCGAACUGGGAUCGCUACGAUGACCCUUCUAUUAAUCAUGAAACGAGAGGUCUUUCAUUACAAGAGUUGCUGGGCCGGGCAAAGGCUCCGUCCGCUUUUCUGACUCCCCCAGUUGAGAGCACAUUCCAUCCGAAGUACAAGUACCCAGUGAAAAUUCAAGACUGGGAAGUUGCGCUUGCUGGCUUGGAUCUCUCCAAGCUGCUGAAAAAUGUGUCGGUCGAGGCGCGAAAGGCCGAAAAUCGUCCCGAAGAUGAAGAAGAGUCAGAAAUGACCCCUCCAACUGAAGAAGAAAUAGAUGAUCCGCAAGCCGCCCAGAAAGAAGAAAACAGCGAAGCAGAAAAGAAACGACCCGAAGAAAGACCAAGUAAAGAAAUUGAAGCGGACAAAGAAGAGACAAUAUCAGCCGAAGAAGGUUCCUCAAGUGAAUCGGAUUUAGAAGACUGGCUCGACUCCGUGAUUUGA